CGUGAGGUGGGCGGGGCGUUGGCGCUCGUCUCUGUCGUCUCCGCGUCUCGAUGGUCGGCGGAGGUGGGCGGCUGGGACGGCGCGAGCGGCUGGCGCGGGCGCGGGCGCCUGGACGGAAUGUUUCGUCUUAAUUCUGCUACUGCAUUAGCAGAACUGGCCGUGGCCGCUCGGUGGUACCAUGGAGUCUCACAGCCCCCCCAGAAUAGGCGGCGACUAAUGAUGGUGGCUUUACUGGGAGCUUCUGCAGUAACUGCAAGUACAGGUCUCUUGUGGAAGAGGGCCUAUGCAGAAUCCCCAUCAUCUGUGAACAACAUAAAGACUGAACUUGGUGAUAAAGGAAAGAAUAAAGAUGAAGGGGAAGUCUCUACCCAGGAAAAAGGGACUGGAGGUGCUUUGGGUGAGCCUCAUCCAGAAGAGAAAAAAAAGAAACGUUCUGGAUUCAGAGACAGAAAAGUGAUGGAGUAUGAGAAUAGGAUUCGAGCAUAUUCUACACCAGACAAAAUCUUUCGAUAUUUUGCCACCUUGAAAGUAAUCAGUGAGCCUGGUGAAUCUGAGGUGUUUAUGACUCCAGAAGAUUUUGUAAGAUCCAUAACACCCAAUGAAAAACAACCAGAGCACUUGGGCCUGGAUCAAUAUAUAAUAAAACGCUUUGAUGGAAAGAAAAUUGCCCAGGAACGAGAAAAAUUUGCUGAUGAAGGCAGUAUAUUUUACAGUCUUGGAGAAUGUGGACUCAUAUCCUUUUCAGAUUACAUUUUCCUUACAACUGUUCUUUCUACUCCGCAGAGAAAUUUUGAAAUUGCUUUCAAGAUGUUUGACUUGAACGGAGACGGAGAAGUGGACAUGGAGGAGUUUGAACAGGUUCAGAGCAUCAUUCGUUCCCAAACCAGCAUGGGCAUGCGGCACCGAGACCGUCCUACCACUGGUAACACCCUCAAGUCUGGCCUGUGCUCAGCCCUCAUCACCUACUUCUUUGGAGCUGAUCUCAAAGGGAAGCUGACCAUCAAAAACUUCCUUGAAUUUCAGCGCAAACUUCAGCAUGAUGUUCUGAAGCUUGAGUUUGAACGCCAUGGUCCCGUGGAUGGGAGAAUCACGGAGCGGCAGUUCGGGGGCAUGCUGUUGGCCUAUAGUGGGGUGCAGUCCAAGAAGCUGGUCACCAUGCAAAAGCAGCUCAAGAAACACUUCAAGGAUGGGAAGGGUCUGACAUUUCAGGAGGUGGAGAACUUCUUUACUUUCCUGAAGAAUAUUAAUGAUGUGGACACCGCGUUGAGCUUUUACCAUAUGGCUGGGGCAUCUCUUGAUAAAGUGACCAUGCAGCAAGUGGCCAGGACAGUGGCGAAAGUGGAACUCUCAGACCACGUGUGUGAUGUGGUGUUUGCGCUCUUCGACUGUGAUGGCAAUGGGGAGCUGAGCAAUAAGGAGUUUGUCUCCAUCAUGAAGCAGCGGCUGAUGAGAGGCCUGGAAAAACCCAAAGACAUGGGCUUCACCCGCCUCAUGCAGGCCAUGUGGAAAUGUGCACAGGAAACUGCCUGGGACUUUGCUCUGCCCAAAUAGAAACACCCAGAGAUGAAGGGACCGCCGCCUCCACCCUGUCCCCCCACCCACCCCGGAACCCAGUCCCAUCUGGGCCCAGCCUGAUCUGCUCCUGCUUUGUGCCGGUUCUCCUGGGCAUGAUCAUGGGGCUCGAACCAUGCCCUUCUCGACCCGACCCUGCCCCAGGGUGCUGCCAAGCUCUGCCUCUGCCCAGGGGGGUCAUUCCCAGAGGUCUCACACCAGGACCCAGUUCUCAUGGCUCGGACCCAUGGCACAUCCCUGCAGUUCCUCCAGCCUCUAGAGAUGGCCAGUUCUCUCGUCACCUUUGCUGUGGGUUUAUGAGAACAAGGAUAUCCCUUGUUUCCCUCCUGCUGGGAUUUUUUUUGUUCUUUCAGCUACAAGUUGGGAAAGACCUCUGGCAGGCGAAACGAAGUCUGACGGAUAGAACUGAGGGUGCCGGGGGCCCCUGCCUGGCAGGAAGCCUGGCGGGAGGGAGGCCGUAUCCGUGCUUCUGUGGCCCUGCCUGCUCCCAGAAGGAGAUGCGUCAGCUUACCCCGCAGGUUCAUUGCUCUCUCCGCUCCUUCGUUGUGCUCUCAGGAUUCCCACAAGACUCCGCCUUGCCUGUGCUCGGUGAGCAGCGUGCCCUUUGCCCUCGCAGCGUGAACCUCUGAAGCCAGGGCGGCUGAGAGCUGUCCCCUCUCUGUCUUAAACACUUGUAACUGUCACUUGAACUCUUAAGUCUGCAAUAAACCCUCCUCCCUCGCCCCCCAGAAAGAA